AUGGAUGACCUCGAAGAUGAAUUGGAUCUUCGAUUUCACAAGGGCCUAAAUCCCGAUGUCUACUACCGCUGUCCUACAUCUGAAUCACUUGAGGGAGCUCUGCGCAAUGAACUGGAUAAGAAUGCAGCCAGCUUCAUCCCCACAGACGUUGUCACAGAGUUCAUCUUUGCAACAGCCUCUACCAUCACCAUCCCCGUGACGCAGCAACCCAAUCUUGAUGCGCUUAUACAACCAGCCGAUCACCCUCAAAGCAUCGCCGCUGAACAUGCGCUAUGUCGAGAUAUUGACGGUAAAGACAGGCUCAAGGUACAGCGAGCAAUUGCAAGAUCUAUUAUCAAAGCUAUUCAGGACACUGAUGGCUUCAAGUACUCCGAGCGCUCUGCACAGAACAAAGAAGGCGGUGACGGUGCCAGGUUCAAAUAUGUUUGCCAAGACAGCUUCCAGAAUAGGGACCGUAAAAGCAACACGAGGAAAGGGAAGUCCCUUGAUAGCGACGAUGGGGAGCCUGAGGUUAAGAAGCAGGGACCUGUUGUGUUGCCGACCUACGACUGUGGAGGCGCAAUACACAUCAAGUUUUCCCUCAAAAGAAAUGCUAUCAAUGUGGUGUACAAGCAUAAUCCUAUACACACUACGCGCGAGGCUGACAACGGUCUACCUGCUCUGAUGGUCACUGAUAACGGCGUCGCCGCCACAGCCGACGCUACGGAAGAAAAGCAACCACGCAAAAGGAAACGUAGUAAAAAGGAUGAGACCGAGGCACAGAGCGAAUUCAGAGGCCCGGACCUUGACAUGUCAACAUCUCCAGAAGGUCCAAAUCCAUCUGCAAAGAGGAAGAGCAAGAAAGGUAGUGCUGUGGCCUCUUCCACAACAUCGCGAAAAACAUCUACCAAGAAGACUAAGGCUAGGUUACCGGCUUCACCCACCGGAUCGAGGAAAAAAGCGCCUGUCUUCGAAGAACCUCCACUGCCGACACAUAUCCGUGGUAAAGCCUGCAUCCGCUGUCGCGAGGAGAAGAUCAAAUGUAACGAAUCCAAACCCUCAUGCAACCAGUGCCGAAGGGGUCUAUGGACGUGUCAAUACGAAGUGAUAAUCAGCAAGAAACGCUCGAAGAAUGGGUGUCUCAACUGCAAGCAAAGGAGACGGAAGUGCACAGAAAUGAGGCCAUCGUGUGCGCACUGCUUACGGCUAGACGAUGACUGCGAAUACGCCGACUAA